AACCUCAAAAUAAGAAUGUAUUGUUUGUUUUAUUUAAUGGAGAAUCAUUUGAUUACAUUGGAUCAAGCCGUAUGGUGUGGGAUAUGAGGAAAGGAAGAUUUCCAACUGAGGAGGAUGAAGCUGUGUCUGAACAACCUCCCCCAUUGCGCUUAGAACAUCUAGAAUAUUUUAUUGAAUUGAGUCAUUUGACAGAUCAAUAUAAAAAUAACAAUGAGUCUACUCUUGUAUUUCAUUCUACUGAGAAAAAUAGAGUACGAUCUCAGGUUUCGAAUAUAAGGUGUUACAUUAAGGACUUUUCAAGCUUGAAUGCUCGUACAGACUCGUUUGCACGAUCCAUAAACCUACAAUUGGCGCCAUCUUGAAGGGAAAUAGAUCAAGUAGUGAUUCACAUGGUACAGCUUCGAAGCACCGCAAGUCGGAUUCGAAAAAGAUUUAUUGGUCCUGAUCCUAUCCCUGCCUAUUCCAGCCCUGAGAGUGCUCAACAACUGUUCCUUUUAAUUUUCCUACAGAAUGUGGUAAAGAUAGUCAGUGUAGUUCCUGAUCAGUGGCAUGAAUGUUUUAAUGAAUCUGGAUGAAUGGUGAGACACAGCAAAGCUUCUGGUUGAUGCUAUACGUCUGAUGUAGAGCAUGUGAGGCAAAGCUUUGUUAACCGUCAUAAAAAUCAACUCUGUGCGCAUCUCGCCAGCUGGGCAUCUCAUGUAUGACUAUUUGGCAUGUGUCAAGGAAGCAGGUGCAUCUCAAA